CGCAUGGUGCUCUGGGAAAUAAUCGUUAGCGUUUGACUCGUUGUGACGCCUUUGGAGGUAGCCUGUUCUGCCGGUUUUUUCCUUUAUUUUGCUAGCUACAAAAUUGUUUGGUUAUUCGAAAACUUUGUUUUUGACCACUUUACUACAUUUUCUUCAUUAAAAGUCGGCAGGAAUUAUGAACGAAUGGUCUAAGAAGAACCCACUAGAGUGGAAUGAAUAUGUAAAUAAAGAGGUGAAAGUGACAGCAGACGAAAAGCAUGAGUAUCAAGGUUGGGUUUGUACCGUGGACCCAGUCUCUGCAAGUAUCGUCUUGGUGAAUUUCCAGAACACUGGGAAGGCUUCUAUCGUGGUGGUGAUGGGCCACGCAGUAAGAGAAGUGGAGAUUCUGAAAGAAGGCGACGAAGAGAUGGCGAAACGAUUGAGCUCUUUGUUCAUGCCCGAGGGACGCCAAGUCCUCAGCACGGACGAGCUGAAAAGAAAGAGGGAAUGCUUGCGCGCGUGGCUUGAGAAAAAUCUGAUUCCAGUAACGGAGGAGGGUGAGACGCUGCGUGUGGCUGGAGUGUUGACUGUGAAUCCCCCAUACGGCUCACAAGACUGCUGCAGCUCCAAUGAAAUUAUACUUUCCAGAGUACAGAGUCUCGUGGAGAGUAAUCCUGGUCCGGAUGAAAAUUUAUAACACAUCUCACUUCUGUGAGAAUGAACUACAGGAGCUUGGGUUGUUCAGUAUACUGUUGUCAUUUCUCUCACUCUCUUUCUCUAUGUAUAUUUUUUGUUUUGGCAAGUACUGCUUUUGUAUAGGGUUCUAAGCACAACUUUAUAUAAUUCUGUUAUUUGAUGUAUGGCAUUGCACAUCACAAUUAUGGCUUUGUCAUUAAACUUUUUGAAUCGAUAAUUAAA